AUUCCUUUCGCUGUCGUUGAAUUAUUGGAAGCGGAUGUUGGAUUUCCAAAUGGAUUGAACUCGUAUACAAAAUUAUGCGUUGCUGUAACUCUUUUUGGAGUCCUUCUUGUCUUCUUUUGCACGAUUUCUACGGACUAUGAAUAUUUUCCGAUAUGUUAAUAGCUUUGAAUAAACAAUUCACAUUGAAACAAUAGAUGCAAAUAUUUAUUCAAUAUACAUAAAUAUGAUAAAGUUAGCAAACUGAGAAUUAAAAAGUAAACACUUUUUUUGGGAACAAUUACAUACAGUAACGAACAAGAAUAUUGACACAGAUUUUCUCCGUAUUUACACAGAUUUUCUUAUAAAAUUCUGUGUAAAUCGCUGUAAUUUACGUUUCUCUAUGCAAUGUUUUUAUAAAAUAUGAUUAUCGAGAUUAAAGUCCAAAUAAAUGUAAAGUUCAAUCGAUAUAAGAAUUAAUUCUAGCACUUCCAGGAAAAGUAAAAUAAAUAAGUGAUAUUAGGCUUGAUAAUAAGAUAAUAAUUAUAACAUUGAAACAAAUAUUGCUCCCCUAUAUGUGUUUUCUUUUCGUUUUCUUUCUGAAGGUUUACACAACUGUACUUAUAUUUUACAAAAUAAUUUGAAUAAAAAAUCUUUCUACAAGGUCACAUAGAAUUUUACAAGAUAUGCUGAUCCGUGAUAAUACUUUUAUUAAUAUUUAUUCAUUAUUGUAUAUUGGAUACUAAUCUCAAUAUAACAUAUCUAACUUUCUUUAACCUCCAUCCAGCUAUCUUUUCUUCGACCGUAGCAUCGAUAUUCGUUCGUGUCUUUUCACAUUUAGAUUUGCUUUGACGAAGAAUCGCUUCCGUAGAAACUUGUUUUUCGCGAAUACACGACGCAGAUUUCGGCGAUUCUUUCUUGUUAAUUUUCACUAGACGUGGCCUGUGAAAUUUCAGAAAUCAGUGUUUUCGAAGAACCUACCACCGUUUCGUGCAACACCUCAUUUUUUCAAAACUCCAAUUUCCAUUGUUCUCGUACUAACAUCACAGAUCUUUUUUUUCGCUUAAUGCAUUCGCUUGAUCGGCAUUACAAAGAAAAGCUUAAUUAGUCUUACCGUGAAAGAAUGUCUUCUCUAAUCUUUAUUAUAUUUCAUUUAGAAGACUAAAUAUUACUUGUUGUAAAUGUUCACGCGAGUGUAUUCCUCGAUGAUUAUCUCCGGUUUCACGAAGUGUUGAAAAUUAAAUACGACCUUUCCUCCUUUCUUGUGAAAGAUCGGCCCUGUACGAACGCGUUUCCUCUUGGUCGAACUCCAAAUCGAUCUACACCAACUCUUACAGUCGCUGAAAUACGUUAAUUUACUUGUAACAGUUAUUUUCAAUUUCUCAUAUUUAUCUGUCUAAUAAAAUGGCAAAAAUUUGUUUUAUUCAAAACAAUAAUUUAAAUGGUCAAUAUAUCUCUAUUUCUUUUCCUCUAACAAAAGGUUAGAUAAAUUUCAUGCCUUUAAUACGAUCUUUUUCUCAAUGGAAUUAAACCGCUUCAUGGCAAAAAAGGAAAACUCUUUAUCUAAUAUUUUAUAUUUAUACUUUGUAUACUUGGCUUUAUCGGUUCUCUGCGGAAUCUCUCUGUGUUCUAUACGUUGCUCUGUUUCUUUAACGAAUACGGACAAUCCAUUGAUCCGCUUGGUUUCACGAUCAUGAUCCCCCUCGGUUUCAGGAUACAAUUGCAAAAAUGUUGGAGCGCAGUGCAAUCUGGAGCAACUUGGAAAUCCUUCGAAAAUCCUCGCCAGCUCCAGAAAUAGUCCUCCUAUUCCGUUUACGUUUUAAGAUAUAGUCGUUUAUUUAAUUAUCCUUCUGUUCUUAACCUGGUAAAAAAUAUUGCAUCAAAAGUGACGUAUACAGAAAACAAAAUAAAAUUCGCUUUUUAUCAAUGUUUUCAGUGCUGUAGGGUUACAAUCGCAGCUAGUUUCGAACAGAUUUACGAAUAUCGUUGAAAUAUUCCCGAUAUUCCAUAGAAUUUACACGCAAAUCAUUUUCAAUUGCUUUUCUAGAAUUUUUAGAUCGCUCUCCCUAAAUAAAAAUGGCACUAAAGGUAAUAGGACUAAUCAAUUGACCCAGAUAUGACCAAGUCUUUUUACUGAUAUUCUCCAGAGUGAUAUCUAUUUUAGAAUGAAAAAUGCAUGAUCUAUCUAAUAACUUUUAUGUACUGUUGCGUUUUCUCUUAUAUUGUACACUUACUUACGGUAAAAUGGCAAUGUGAUAUGUUUCCAUGUGAUAUGGGGUGUUUGCGAUAAUACGUACCUUACUUCCGGAGAUUAACAUAAAAACUACGUAGCUUUUAUUUCUGAUUUUUUUCACUACGCCACAAUUAAUUAUCAGAACGAAUUUUAUCGCAUCGUUGUGUUUUAUUAUAUCGAAUAAAAGGAUCUUUCCAGCAGACUCUCGAUAUACGAAAUAUGUAUUGUCGAUACAAUACUGUUAAUAUUUAUUGACGAACCUUAUUUUCGUUGAAAACCUCGAAAUAUUUUUUACAAUAUUAUUGAUUGUCUGAAUACUGAUUAGUGAUUGUAAAUAUAUUAUAGCUUGUAGUAUAUUUUAUUUUAUUACACUUUGUUAUAUUUUGCUUUGCUUCAUUAUACUUAAUCUUUACGUUGCCUUUUAUUACGUUAUCAUACUGUUAUAUCACUAUACAUAUUAUACUUUGCUGCAUUUUAUUUUUCGUACAUUACAUAGUAGAAUAUAUCAUAUAUUCUAUUUGGCACAUAACUUUUUAUAUAAUUACAAUUUUUCUAAUUUAUUCUAUACUGCCUUUUGCAAUACAUUCGUCCAAUAUGGAACGAAAAUGAAGCUCACAUCCGCUUUGCAAAUGUUACCUAUUCGAAAUUUAAUUAAUUACAAAGAACAUUUGAAAGCACACAUAAUGUUCACAUACCAAAUUUCACAUUAACCUUAAUCCCGAAAUUAUGUUCGUCCGGAUAUAAAAUAUUUUAUUUCUCUUCAUCAUAUCGCUGUUUCCUUUCUGCAACGUGGUAAUAUUAUUGUUUGACUGGAUUCCGCAUGAACGGCAUUGUCCACGAUGCCAAAUGAUAACAAUUCCACGCAAAACGAAGCGUUAUUCUACGAAGCGCACAUGCUCCGAGAAAUUCUAAGGAUAAACGAGUUGAUGAUGAAGCAGGCUUCUUUAAACGAAGAAUUCUAUGGUAAUACUAAAGAUUCGCCCAAGAGUUGCACCAAGAAUUGCAGCACUUCCACGAACCAAAAUAAUUGUUCUGUAGAAAAAUUUGCCGACGAAACACACGAAAUACAUUUUCAAAUGACAUCGAAGAGUGUCUCUUCGCUGCAAGGGGAAGAUGUUUCUUCAAGUACCACUGUGUUUAAGAUAGACUCAAAAACAUCUUUUAAAAAAACAGUAUCCGGAAGUAAUCAAUUUUCUGAACCCGUUAAUUCUUCGAGAAAAGUCACAUCUCCUAAACAUUCUUUGAAUAAAGGUAAUCAGCCCUUCGAAGCAAGCGUUGAAAUUGAUGUUGGAUUAAGCCUUCUCGAUCCAACGACGCAAAAAAGCUGCGUUGGUUCUUCUUUGCAGGAAGAAGAUAAAGUUUCUUCGAAAAGAAUACGAAAUGUAGAGGACAGAGCUAUUGGAGAUACGCUUUUUAGUUAUCCUUUGGAAUUAGUGGAAAUUUUCUCGAAUAAGAAAGGAAGAAGCAGUGAAAAUAAUUUAGAUACAGGACUUGAUAUAAAUCAGCGAACGUGUUCGAUGAGAGUUCUUCCAAAGGAAGACGACGAAGAGUUUAGAAUCGUGCCCGAGAAAAAUCAGAUUCUAUCGUCGAAGAUAAAGUUGAAUAUAUCGAAGAAAGAAAUGCGUACGAUCGAUAGCAAAAACGUGGAAAGCGUUAAGUGUAGUGAUAAUGUUGAUAAAAUUUCUCGGAAAAGAUACACGCGGGAAAGUGGUCAGGGCAGUGCUGGUCUGCAGAAGAAGAGUAAUAAAACAAAUUGUUUGAUUAAUGGAAGUUUCCAGAAAGGAUGUAGACAGGAAAAUGUAAUUAGCGAAGAUUUACAGGAAAGUCAUGGACCAAAGAAAGAUGAAACUAGUGAAAAUUUUCAGGGAAAAUAUACGCAUGAAAAUUGUCGAACGAAUGAAAAUGUCGAGAAAGAAUGCGCUGCAAAUAAUGUUCUAGUUAGUGGAGAUCCUCGAAAGAAAAACAUACAUGACAAUGGUCUAAUUGACGCAGAUUUGCAGAAAGGAUACAUACAAGAAAAUAGUCAAACUAACGAAGGUUUUCAGAAAAGAUAUAGGCAAGAAAACAGUACAGCUGGUAGAGUUUCCAAGAAAAAUGUAUCAGAAAAUAUGGUCUUUAAAUUAACUGAAGAUCAAGAAAAUCGUAUUGCUAACACAAGUCACGCAGAAAUUGGAAUAAUGCAAAUGAAUGGACAAGAUUCUACAUCUUCGUCGGAAAAGAUUCAAGCUAAUCACGAUGUAAAUUUGAUUACAAUUUUCGAUGCGAUUGAAAAAUCGUGUAUAGAGGAAAAGAUUGAGAAAACAAACGGAGAGAAUGAUAUCGAAAAAUUUGAAGUGUCUAACGAUACGCAAAAACAUAACGCGAGGCAAUCUAUUCGUUCGAAAUCGUUCAGUCUAAGUCAUUUGUCUACUUUCGAAAAUGACGCCGAAGUGUUAAAAUUACAAAGAUCGUUCGUCGAAGGUGACGAUCCUAACGCCAUCGAAGACGUACAUUCUUUGGAAUGUAACAAGGAUAUGCGUAAUAUUGUUUCAACGGAAGAGGAGGAUUUGUCAUCAAGGAACGAAGAAAAUAGUGAUGAUAAAUCAAAUAAUAUUCAUUCAAUUCCUGCUCUGUCAAGAGUGACAAAAAGUCAUGAUCUUUUUGCUAAUGGAAACUGCUGCAAAUUCUUGAGUUCCAGUUCUUCAAAAUGCACUGAAUUAGCAAAUGAUGCAACAACAGAGACUGGAGAAAAGAACAUUUUAAUUGAGGAAGAAACUUCUGAAGAAAAACAUCGAGACGUCGUUGAUUCGAUUCCUUUGUCACAGAAUUUGAAUAAUACAGAAAAAUUCUGUACGAAGAAUGGCAAGCUCAAUGCCGGUGAAAACUCAGAUUUAUCAAAACUUCAUAAGUCUAUCGUUAACGUCGACUCUGCAAGAAUGGAUGUUUCAUCCACAUUUGAAAAAGAAGAUGAAAAUGUGGAAGAAAAAUGUCAAAAAAAUAAUUUGAAGUUUGAUUCGAGUAAAUUAGAUGCGCCCGGCGACAACGCGACCAAAGAAUUUUCCAUGAACUUGAACGAAAGCAAAGCUACGAAAACAACGUUGCAGCAUAACGGAUCUAAGGAUCUUAAAGAUUCAAGAAAUUUAUCAUCCUCAGAAAGCGUAAAUCAUUUAAAAGAAAAAUCAAAUCUUCAAGAAAAAGACGCGGACGUAGACUCGUCGAAAGAGAACAAACUCAAGACAAUUGCUGAAAAGCAAGAAAAUCAGAAAAGUAAUGAUACUGAUAAGGAUGUAAUUGUCGGCGAUAAAAAUUUGUCGUGUAGCGAAACUGUUCCAUCAUCGAUAAUCAACGAUAAAAAUAUAGAAGAACGAGAUUCUGCAGAUUUUGAUAAGGAAAUUACGGGAAUCGCGAUUAACGAUAACAAUCAUGAAAUAGCUAUGCGAGAAUCGAAACGAGAUAGCAUUGAUUACGAGGAUAUGAACGUAUGUAAAAUGUUGACGAAGAUUCACGAGCGAUUGACGAGCAAUUGGCAACGAAUGGAACGGCUUCGGAUGAAAUUACAAGUCUCAAUUUCGAUAGAAUCUGUCAAUCCGACGGCGAUGUUACAAUUACUGGACAAAACCAUCACUAGGUGCAAGAGUUACAUUCACGGUUCGAACGAUAGCCACGAAGCUGAAUUGCAAAUGACUAACCUGCUGGCGAAAUAUGUUGUCGAGAUGAUAAAAAUUGUAAAAAUUAAUAGAACAACUUUAGAAAGUCAAGAACGACGCGUCGACCAAAUGCAAUUAGAAUUACUUCAAGGGCAUCAUAUUAACAAAAAAAGGAGUAUUUUGAACGAAACGAUCUUAAUUUCAAGAUAUUGGGUGAGAGAGAUAUUUUCUUUGAUCAAAGGUAUUUCACGUUUGGUGAAACACGCAAUGUCCGAAAAUGAAGAGAAAGAAAAUGUUACAAGUUUAGGAAGAUGUAAAUUGCCACGUCGUAUAGUAAACAGCCCUUCUAUUAAUGACGCCAAACAAAGAAUUGGUACCGUUCGGACAAGAAAUAUAAAAUCAGAGCUUGUGAAAAAGGAAAGCACUGUGGAGACUCAAAUGUCGGUAGUUUCAAAUUCCGUCAAUUCUUUGAAACAGUGCAAAUUCGCGAAACGCUUAAACCCUGGAAGAUGCGUGGAAAAAGAAAAGCAUCUGUACGAAGCGCAGACAACUGUUACCGAUAAAAAAAUGGCCGAUAAUUAUCGCCAUCCAGAAAAAGGGAAACUACCAAAAAAGAUAGUGUUGAGUACGAAUUCAAAUCAGUGUAAGCAAUCGUCAUCGAUGUCUCGUCAGAAGCAACGUGCUUCUAGUAAUCAACAACCAGCUUGGAGGCCAGGAGGUGCGGCCAAAAUUCCUAUUUUUAACAGUGCAACCACGUUGAGCCAGAAAACUCGUCCAGCGAUGCGUGUCAGAGAGAAAACGUAUCCGGAAAAUGCAAAGACGUCUGCGCAUAAACGAGGAGCUUCAAUGGACCAUAUACUUGUAAAGACAAAUCUUACGAAUGUCGAGAAAACUAUAGACGAUAACGGGAAACGAAUGACGAAGAUGUCCAAUUACAUCCAAGAAGAGAAGCAUGGACGAGUAGGAAAUGAAUUUAAGAAGAAACCGUCUACCGAGGUAUAUCCACACAAAGAUAUUGUUCCUAAACUGACCAUUGACAUUUUGAAAACGACAGGCAAAAGAAGUAGCACAAGCUUGAAGGCUAGUCCCAGAGCGAAACCAAAACCGAAAACAUUGCGACAUCCAUCAAAAAAUUUCAAUGAAUCGGAGAAGUCUGCCUGGGGCAUAAAAAAUUAUACUAACGCGUCAGUGUGUGACAUUAUCAACGAAAGAAUCACAAGAGAAUCGGAAAUUCUUCGAGCACUCGAAGAAAUCAUUAAAGCUACACCAGAGAAGAACGAAGGAAAAAAUGUUGAGAAACCAACGUACUGUUAUAACAAUCAAGUUCAAGAGGAAACAAACGAAGUUUUCAAACAGCCGAGUGAACCGAUCACAGUUAAAGAAGAAAUGAAAAUUAACGAAGAGGAGCCUACGAGGGAUAUCGAUUCUGAGCAAUAUCAAAAAAGUCAGUUAAACGAAGUACAGUUGAAGGAGAAGUUUCAAGAAGAUCAUCAGAUAGCGAAGAACUUUUCAGAAAAUCUUCCUGAAAAUCUUUUGAUACCAAUUGUACCAAAAAAUGUUAUUCCUGUUUUAAAUACGAGCGUUGAAGAAAAUGUUGCAACAAAUGAACAUUUCGAACAUUUUCAGUCAAAAGCUCAGUUAAGCGUUGCUUUAGGAACUACUACGAGUUGUGUUAUGGAUAUUAAUUCGAGCUCAGUCGAUCGUGUCAAGGUAGAAGCUACGAAAUCUUGUCAAACUUCUUCCAACGCUAUUUCUUCGCCAGAUGUUUCAGAACUAAAACAAAAAAAUGAAAAAUCCAAAGAGAACGACACUUGUCAAGAGAAUAACAAUUCAUUCCUCGAUAAUAGGAGAAAGCAACAGAAAUGUGAUAGUACGGAGUCGAAGAUUCUCAAUAAUCCAUCGAUUAUGAAAAAGGAGAGAACGAGAAUAAACUCUCAUGCAGUAUCAUUGAGCAUGUUAAAGGAAUUCCUUUACGAUCAGGGUAUUGACGUCGAUUUGGUAAAUAAAGCUGAAAGAUAUCUAAAGGAUAGACAGAAAACUUGCAAAGGUUUAAAAAAGAAAUCUAUCAGCUUCGCGGAUGUACCUUCUUACAUAGAACAUAGUCGACAUUUUGAAAAGAAAACGAUUUUGAAGGAAGAACAUUCUUGGGAAGAGAAAUUGGACAAAAAUUUUGAAGAAGAUAUUCAGAAGGAUUUAAGAAAAAAUAUCGGAAAAUCUGAAACUUUUAUUAACGAUGAGAAGGAUUUAAACGAAGUUUCUUUGCCAAAAACGAAAGAUAUUGCUACGUGUACAAUUAUAAACAAUAACGACGCCUAUUCUCAGACUGUUAAUCAUUGUAAGAUAUCCAAAUGUUUGCAGUCUACUGCUGAGAAGGACGCUUUAACGUCGGUAGAAUUGCAAGCUACGGGAACGCAAACGGAAGUGAAAGGAAGAAACGCGUGUUCAAUGACAGAGUCGCUUAACCGCAGUUCCCCAAAAGCGCUAGGAAAGUCGUAUGUUUACAAGUCUGUAACUGUCGAACAUGUAACUAAACUUAAAAAGAAAGAUUUAGGAUCGAAAAUGCAUAAAGAUUCAAAAGAUUCCAAAUCACAAAACGAUUUGCACAAAGAUCCCAAAAAUGUUUUUACAAAAUCAAUCGAUGUAAAGUCUACAGACAUUGAAAAGACGAAUAAAAUUGAGAAACAUUCAUCGAAAGAGUGUUCUCGAGUGUUUGAAAAUUUAUUAAAUCAGAUGCGCGAGGAAUAUGAUGAAUCUUUACCGAAUUAUAAAAAGGAUGACGCGGUGGAUGAACUACGUUUCAACGAAUCGAAAAUAUCAUUAACAUCCAACAGUUCGUCCAUGACAAUUAAGGAGAAAAAUAAAGAGGAAGGUCAGUCUCCUGUUAGGAUAGUUUCCAGUGGAAUAGUAGCUGCCCUUCAAGUGGCCGUUAUCAGAGCUCGGAACGUGUACAAAGCCCUUGACAUCUACAAACGCAGAUUAAACAACAAUCUGAAGAAACGAAAUAAAGAAUCAAGACGAAAAGAGAAGAUAAGCAAAGUUUGUAAAACGUGCGAGGAGGAAUCGAAAAGCGUGUCGAGAAGCUGCAGCGCCGUCAAGAUCAUUUUGCAAAAAAGAGACGACAGUAGAAACGCCGUUAUCGAAAUAUUUAAGGACCUCAGACAAGCGGAAGUUACAUCAGCGUUGAGCGAAUUAUGCUUGGAUCGUCAUAGUGAUGUCAACAGCGAAUCUGAAGAAGACAGUUUUGAGUCUGUUGUUAAUUUACCAACGAAUACUUCCUUCAGUGAAGUCAGUUUUAGAACAGUCGACCUGGGAAUUCCGAAAAAGUCGUCCAGCAGCGUUGUUUUGAGAAACGUGGCAUCUUUGAUGGAAUUUUUGAUAAGCAAGGUCGAUGAUGUAACGUUCGGGAGAAUUGAGUGUGUUACGAAAAUAUCAAAUACAUGCGAGCCAGAAUCUUGCGGAGAUAUGAGAAUGGAAGUUGUGAAAGUGGAAAGACGGGUUUCAGUAUUCUCAACAGAGAAUUUGUUAAUUUUAGUUUACGGUAUGUUGUGCUCUGUCGUUUUCUGGUGUUUAAAUUUUACCAUUAGCUGCGAGGUUUUGUGAUUUAUGGUGUCGCUUUGUGUUGUAUUGUUCAUUUAUAUCGUUCUUUUCCUGUUCGAGUUUGUGAAUGUUGUAUCGUUAGUUCUCUUGUCUACACUUUAUAUACAUUUAGUCUAUUGUUAAUUACAAAAUUUAACAAAAAAUAAUUUUGUUAAGUAAAUGAUUGAAUUAAAAAUAUUUAAUUAAUAUUAAGUAAACUUUUCAUUUAAA